UCCAUCCCUCCCGUAGUCCCACGACCUAGACCACAACCCCUCCCUCUCCCCCGACCCCUCCCCGUCUCCUGGCCGACGCGGCCUCCGCUCCACCAGCCCCGCCGGCGUGGCCUCCGCUCCACCAAACCCACCGUUGGCGCACGGCAGAUCCAAGCCAGCAGCAGUUACCCGCCGCUCCCACCCAUCGCGCCGCCACCCUCCCUCCCCUUCCUCCCCGAGCACUGCCGCCGGCCCAACCACAACACCACCCUGGCCUCCACCGAAGAUUGUCAUCAUCGGCAUCACAUCAUCAUCGGCGAGCGGAGGUCGUCGUCGCCCAGUAGCAGGAGCAGGAGCGUCGUGCGGAUGUCGAAGGGGCCCGGCGGGUUCUGCUGCGGCGGCAUGAGGUCGCGGGCAGCGGAUCUUGCGGGCGGCGUCGAGAUGGGCAGGCCCAGCGCCGCGUGCGCUACAGCCUCACUGUCGUCAUCGGUGGAUCUCUUCCGGAGCCCGCGCUAUGGCCGCGUGCGCGCCACGGCCUCAGGUGCACGAUUCAGCGCGGAGGAAGGGGCGGAGAAAGGCAAAUCUCCCAAUCCGCGGGAGCCAUCGGCUGGCUCCGAUUCAGCGCCAACGGGGACUGUAGCGGGGAGCAUUCUUCCCUGUGGCUCAGUCGAGGCGCUCGAGGAAGGGGCAGUCAAGGCGCUCAAGGCGCUCAAGAUCGAGGUUGGCGCGGCCACGCGCAGGCUGCAGGCCUCCGUCUGGUCCGGCGGCGGCGCCGCACGGGAGGAGAUGCGAUAGAAAGUGGUGAACACCCUCGACCGGAAGCUCUUCUAUAUACGACGUUCAAGAUCUACCGCGGCGUCGCCGGCCUGUACGACUACGGGUCGUCGGGGUGUGCGGUCAAGUCCAACGUCCUGGCCUUCUGGAGGCAGGAGAACGCUUCCUACUUUACCAAUGCAGAGAAGCUCGAGGUCGGGUACACGACGCCUACACGGAUUAGAAGAGCAACAGCAUGGGAGUUUUGCUUAGUUGAAGAAUAUGAGAUGUUGUGGAUGAGUUCAUGGCUUAAUUUUGCUUUGUUGUUUGUUGUUUCCCCUGUUGUGUAUCAUAUGCUAGAUUCUCGCUAUUCGCAGAGUCCGUCCUCGCAGAGUCCGAUCAUAUGCUAGAUUCCCCGGUCCUCGCAGUGUCUGUUUUCUUACAAUAUCAGCCGGCACUAGCUGAUGUAUGUGAGAUCCAUUACUAGUGGAGCUAUGAUUUUAACCCUGUUACUGUAAGUGGGGACUAACUACGUAAAAGGAAACAAGUACGUGGUAUCUAUAUGUUACAGUUGUGCUGGAA